UUUGGUUCUAUAAUGACAUAUUUGUCAAAUGUAUUUGCAUUUCACUGAUUUUCUUUUUAAUAGCGCUUUAUAAUACAAUUAUUAAUGGCUCUAUUUAAACGGACUACCACAGUAGAUAAAGAAACUACUAGAAAAAAGUUACCACCAAAGUUUAUUUUAAGCUCAUCUCAAAAAGACGAUCUUAAACAGGCUUUCGAUCUUUUUGAUCACCAAGGAGUUGGCAAAAUUGACAUAAAAGAUCUUAAGGUAGCUAUACGAGCACUUGGUUUUGAACCAGGAAAAGAAGAAAUACGGAAGAUGGUAGCUGAUAUUGACAAAGCAGGAACUGGAAAAAUAUCAUUCGAUGACUUCUUAUACCUCUUAGCUACGAAAAUGUUUGAAAAUGAUACAAAAGAAGAUAUGAUCAAAGCUUUUAAGUUGUUUGAUGAAAAUGGUAAAGGUUACAUUACAGUUGAUGAUUUAAAAAAAGUAGUAAUGGAACUAGAUGACGACUUAACAGACGAAGAAAUACUCGAAAUGAUCGAUGAAGCUGAUAGAGAUGGAGAUGGAGAAGUAAACCUAGACGACUUUUUAAGAAUGAUGAAAAAAGAAAUACUCGAAAUAUAGUAUUUUUAUUAGUUAGUAGAAUAUUGGGUACAAAAAAUAGAAAUAUUCUAUUUUUGAAAUCUUGUACUUUUUGUGUGGUAUAAAACAUAUUUUUCAUUCAAAUUUUUUUGUUAUUGGUUUUCUACAAAACCGACCCUGAGAUGGAAGGUGAAGUAUUUUGCAUUUGCUCCAUUGUUGAAAAAUGAAUUAAUUUACAUAACAAUUUUCUGUCGUCUAAGCAGAUCAAUAGGAUAACAAAAAAGCCAAAUAAAAUAAAAAACAAUGGGAUGAAUCUAUAUUUUUCACUAAUAUUAUAUUUUAGCCUAUGUUCAUGACUAUGCAGAGCCGGACUUAAGGCAGUGGGGGCCCCUGGGCAGAAUUAGUGUGGGGUCCUACAUCCUGCCAUUAAAAAAAUUGUUGUUAUAACUAUGAUACCUACAUAAGUACAAGUCAACUGCAGGGAUUUCCCUUUUAGAAAUUAAAAAAAAAUACUAUUCUAACUGG